AAGCCCGGCCGAGGCCUCCACUCGACACAGCCCAACUCACGCCGCCGCCUUCAAAGCUCGCCAGCCUCCUCCUCCUCCCUCCUCAUCGACCUCCUCAUCACCCUCACGCGUCUCUCGCGUCUCCUCUCGUCCGUCACAAGGCAACGCACGACCCCCCCCCCCAAGCUCACGCCCUCGCUUUGACGGCCACUGUUGACCGCUGCGGCCUGUAGUUUUACCGGUCUCGGAUAGAAUCCUCAGCCGGGGUUACCCCACCCUCGGCCCGCCUUCGCGCUCCGCCGCGGCCGGGGCCGCAUGAGCGCUUCGGGGUCUCCGCACGUGGCGUUCGAGGUUCCCGUGGAGGUGGCGGCCGCUGCGGCCACGUCGGCGGCGGGGAUGCUGCGUAACGAGAGGCUGCGGCUCGGGGUGUGCUUCGUGGGAGUGUUCGUCUGCUACUUCUACUACGGCAUCCUGCAGGAGAGCAUCACGCGAGGACAGUACGGCUCGGGAGAUGUGGAGGAGCGCUUCCGGUUCGCCAUGUCGCUCGUCUUCGUGCAGUGCGUGAUCAGCGCGCUCUUCGCCAAGCUCGUGAUGAAGUACGUGACGAAGCCGGCGCCCGACCGCACGGCGGGCUGGCUGUCCGCGGCCUGCGCCGUCUCCUACCUCGGCGCCAUGGUCUCCAGCAACUCGGCGCUGCAGUACGUCAACUACCCCACGCAGGUGCUGGGCAAGUCCUGCAAGCCUAUCCCAGUGAUGAUCCUGGGGGUGCUGCUGGCGCGCAAGCGGUACCCGCUCAUCAAGUACCUGUGCGUGCUGCUCAUCGUCGUCGGCGUCGCCAUGUUCCUCUACAAGGGGAAGGGCGGCGCCAAGGGUGGCGGCGGGGGCGGCCCUGAGCAGGGCUACCUGGGCUACGGCGAAAUUCUGCUUUUGGUGUCCCUGACGCUGGACGGGCUGACGGGCGUCACCCAGGACAAGAUGAAGUCUCGCCACCAGACGGGGUCGCACCACAUGAUGCUCAACGUGAACCUGUGGUCGUCGCUGCUUGCUGGGAGUGGGUACGUGCCCGUGUGCGUGCUGGCGACGGGGGAGAUCUUCGAGUUUGUGAGCUUCACUGAGCGAUACCCGGCCAUCCUCUACAAAAUCCUGCUCUUCAGCAUCACCAGCGCCCUCGGACAGAAUUUCAUCUUCAUGACGGUGGUGUCGUUCGGGCCGCUCACGUGCUCCAUCAUCACGACGACGCGAAAGUUCUUCACCAUCCUCGCCUCCGUGCUGCUCUUCUCCAACCCCAUGUCCAGCUUCCAGUGGGCGGGAACCGUCCUCGUAUUCAUGGGCCUCGGCAUGGACUCGUUAUACGGAAAGGUCCCCAAGAAAGUUUGAGGCCACCGACAGCGCAAGCCAUCGAGCACGGCUCUCUGCUGGGACCAAGUCUCACCCCUGCUCCUGCUGAUCUGCACGCCCCCCCCCUCAACCCCUCAACCUGCGCCUCUUAUCUCUCCUUUGCACUCCUCCGUCAACUGCGCCCCGCUCUCUAAUUACAUGCCUUGUUUUAUCCCAGCAAAGCCUCGGCACUCAUAUUUUAUUUAUUUUUUUGCGUACGAGAAGGGACCCUCUUGCCAUACUGGGAUGUUUGGACAAUUCCGUUUGGCUUCGUGCGGUCAGAACGAAACCGGUGGACAACCCCGGAGAAAACCUCGCACCCGUCCCAAGAGGGGUGGGUCAAGGGUGACACUUGGCGUCACGUGCAGAUAAAACUGAAGGAUCCGUUGGUGCCAUCUCGUGGUCGCUGCCUCGCAGCCCGAGUCUACACCACGUGGUAUCCCCAGGCAGUUUCCCAUCCACACACUCGCCAGGCUCAAGUCUGCUUAGCUUCUAAGUUGCCCUCCUUGACACUUAGUGCCUAUACCGGUCGACCGCUUACUCCUCUGCUGGCUCGUCUCCACUGACCACCGUCAA